AUGCACUGGACAGACGUGAUCCAACGCUACGCUGCCCAAUACGACGUCGACCUCUCGCCGCUCCAGAUUAACCUCGGUCUUGGUGUUGGCGCCGUUGUUGUCCUCGCCGUUGUGCGCUAUCUCUCGUCCUCGUCGUCCAAUGUCUAUCACGGACCAGGCCCAAAGGGUGUUCCAGUCCUGGGGAACGCAGCAGACUUGCCCAAGAAAGACGACUACAAAGUCUAUGCCUCUUGGCGACACAAAUACGGUGAAAUGGUCUACCUGAGCGUUCUCGGGCAGCCAAUCUACAUUUUGAAUUCACUCCGCACGGCCACAGAGCUCAUGAACAAGCGUGCAAUGAUUUACUCUGACCGUCCCAUCAUGAUCAUGGCCCAGGAGCUCGUCGGGUGGAAGCGCACCCCUGUCCUCACGUCCUCCAACGACCCGCGAUAUUCUCGCUAUCGCAAGCUCUUCCACACCGCGCUCCGAAAGGAGCGUGUACGUGAAAUGGCUCCACUGCAAGAAAAGUCUAGCCACCAAAUGUUGCAGCUUAUCCUCGACAAGCCAGACGACUUUGUCAAGCACAUUCGCUAUUGCAUUGGCGCUGUGAUCACCAAAGUCACGUAUGACUAUGACAUGAAGCCCGAAGGCGACGAGUUUGUCGAGUUGGCUGAGAUUUCUGCGGAUACCUUUUCCCAAGCUGCUGCUCCAGGAGCAUGGCUGGUCGACAUCUUCCCAUGGAUGCGCCAUAUCCCCGCUUGGUUCCCUGGAGCACGCUUCCAACGCAUCGCCCGCGAAUGGAAGGCCGUCAACGACUACCUGCACUCAAAGCCCUACAAUGACGUCAAAGCGCAAAUGGCAGCUGGAACGCACCACGGAUCCGUCACCUCGCAUCUCCUUACAAAUGCACAGUCGUCCACGGUGGACGAAGACGGCGAAGUCGUAGUGCUCGAUGACGAAGAGGAGAACCGCAUCAUGUGGGUCGUUGGAGCCAUCUACUCUGGUGGAGCAGACACGACGGUCAGCGCUCUAACGACGUUUGUCCUCGCAAUGGUCCUCUACCCUGGUGCUCAGCACAAGGCGCACGAAGAAAUUGACCGUGUGCUUGGAAAGGAUAGGCUGCCGGUGAUGAGUGACAGGGAAAACUUGCCGUACGUCGAAGCCUUGUUCAAAGAGGUGCUUCGAUGGCACCCAGUCGCCCCACUCGGUGUACCUCAUCGACUAACGAAAGAGGACAAAUUCGAAGGCGUCACCCUUCCGGCCGGCUCUACGGUGAUUAGCAACAUUUGGGCAAUGGGCCAUACCGAGGCGGACGGAAACGAGUUUAAGCCCGAACGCCAUCUCCAUAAUAGCAAAGAAGGAGCCGCGACGGACCCAAGAGAAUAUGUAUUUGGUUUCGGACGAAGGAUUUGCCCCGGCAAAGAGCUCGCGGAUGCCGGCGUCUGGUUGGGGAUCGUAAGCCUUCUUGCGGCGUUUAGGUUUGGCAAGAAGCCGGACGGCAAAGGCGGUUAUGUGGAGGUUAAAGAGGAGUAUGCGCCUGGUAUCAUUUCGCAUCCCAUGCCAUUUGCCUGCUCGAUUGUCCCCCGCCAUUCGAGCACGGCUGCACUCAUCCGGUCUGCAAUUGCCCGUGACCGAGAACACUGA